AUGCCUACAACACCAGGAAAGGCGAAGACAAUGUCUUCGCGGCUCUUGACAAUGAAGUUCAUGCAAAGAGCUGCCGCAUCAUCCAACCCCGCCCCCGUCGAAGACCCCGAGACCCCCUCUCCCAAACGCCAACGUCUGUCCACCGAACCAGGAACACCCAGAACAACCUCCGACUUGGACGCGGUCAACGCCGCUCUCGCCGCCGAAGAACAGCGCCGCGCAGAUGCGAUUGCGCGUCAAGCCGCUGAAGCAGGCGAGUCGAAUUGGGUGUUGAAUUUCGAGGGUCCUGCCGCAAAGCCAGCUGUGUCGUCGCAGCCUAUGAUCGUGGCUGCUGAUUCGUUGGAUGCGGAGGAUCAGGAAUUGUCGAAUGGCGGACGAAAAACAUACGGUGGUUUCAAGAGUAGAAGCCGGCGGAUUGUGUUUGAGGCAGAAGAGGAAGACCUUCCAGCAGACCCGAAAGAACGCGCAGAAUAUAUGGCCGAAAAGAAGAGAAUAAAAGAGAAGGACGAGAGGAAAGCGGAUAGGGUAAUGCAAAAUGCGACUAGUAUCUCUGGUGGUGGUGGUGCAAGGACCGCCACAGUGAACGACCGAGACAAGAACAAGAAACAUGGCGGAAAAUCGGGAAAGAAGCGCUCUAAAUGA